AUGAAUAAUAAAAUUAAAGAAAAAAAUAUAAUUAACAUAGAUUUGGAGCCUUUAGAUGCACAACUAGCUUUACAAGCGGGUAUACCACCGAACUCACAAGAGAAACGUUUAUUUAAAAUAUUAUCUUCAUUAAUGUUACCAGUUGGUGUUGCUGAAGUAAUAGCAAUGAUAAAAAAGAUAAAAGAAAAAAAUCGAGUGGAAUUGAUGUAUUUAUAA